AUGAGCAAGCCUCCAGAAACCCCAGCUUCCCCACGACAGCCCCGGAUCUCUGGCCCCCAGCUGCAGCCCCACUCACAAGGCCCCGCGUAUCACCAAGAGGCCCCAGGGGGACAUCAUGGGCCCCGGCGAAUGCUUGGGGCAAGGGAAGGGAAGGGGGCCACCGUGCUGGUCGUCGGGACAGGAAGUAAAGCAUGGGAGAUCCCUGCUGCCCCGUUCAGCACCUCCUCCAACUUCAGUGAGAGUGUACAGUGGGAGCCCUCCUGCCAUCACAGCUCCCUUCAGGGGGGGAUGAGCAUCACAGCAGACAUGCCCCCGAGGCUGGAGGGCACUUGGGUGUCCACAAGGUGCGAGGCACGGCCCGGUCCAGAGUUCCUGACCCGCUCCUACACCUUCCACGCCAGCCGGCAGUUCAUCGCCCUGCAGCACUACUACAGCGACGGCGGCUGCGAGCGGCCCACCUACACCCUCAGCGUCCGGGGGAAGCUCCGCCUGCGCCAGGCCUCCUGGAUCACCCGGGGCGCCACCGAGGCCGAGCACCACCUCAGCAGGGUGGCCGUGGCGGUCCACAACCCCGCCGCCGUGGGGAAGCUGGUCGACCGACUGGCCCCCGCCUGCGAGGGGCCAGCCGCGCUGGGGCAGAUGGCGGCGGGGCGGGUCUACGAGCUGUACAACACGCGGGCCGGGCGGGCCUGUCUGGCGGCCCUGGGGUUCUCCAUGACGGAGAUGGCUCUGGUGCGGGUGGAGACCCAGCUGCACCACAGCAGCCACGGAGGCAGGAAGGUCCAGGAGCUGUUCCUGGGGGACAUCCACACAGAGUGGACGCAGAGAACCCACCACAGACCCAGCGGGUACCAGCAGCCCCUGCAGAACGCCAUGCACCACGGCCACCCCUGCCCAGUGUGCGCCCUGGUGUAUCGCUCCACAGAACAACGGCCCCCGGUGCUUCCCCGGACCCCCGCGGCCGCCCUGGCCCUGGAGGGCCGCUGGGUCAGCCAACGCUGCGAGGCCCGGCCGUCCGUCCUCUUCCUCACCCGAGACUUCACCUUCCGCCCGGACCGCCACGCCUGGGAGGGGGUCUACCGCCACUACUCGGACCCCGGCUGCUCCCGGGCCACCUUCACGCUCAGGGCCUCGGGCCACUACGCCCUGGGCGGCCCCUCCGCCCGGCUCCCGGGGGCCACCGAGCUGGCCUUCAAGGUGACCCGGGUGAAGCUGACCCCCUGGGACGAGGCGUCGGUGAGGCUGCUGAACGGGACCCGGCCCGGUCACUGCGGCCCGCCGGGGCGCUGGGAGGCGGGGGCGGAGCGGGACGUGACCCCGACGGCCGGGUGCUCCGCGCUGGGCGUCAAGCUGCCGCACAAGGAGUACGAGCUCCUCAAGACGGAGCUGGACCCCUGGAAGCACCCGCUGCUGUUCACCGGAGAGAGGCCCACCGACGGCCAGAGUCCCGACAGGCCCCAGAGGAGGCCCACCUCCUUCCAGCCUCCCAUGUUGCUCUGCGGCCGAGGCAAGGCGUCGCCCACGCGUCGCACCGUCUCCAGUGGCGCCGGCGCCAACGGCCAACAGCAGAUUCAGUUGGCAGCCAGUGGCUCGGUGAGGCUGGCCGGGCUGGGGCUUCUGGCCCUGGGCGCAGCUGGGUGCAGUUGGUUUUGGCUGCAGUGAGGAGGAGCCAUGCUUUGAACAUACAGGCAGCGAUGGUUUCCAAGAAGGUGGUGCCGGCCUUUGUACAUUUUAUCGGCAGCUUUUAUGUUUGCUCCUCAUCUACUUCUUAUUGUGAGAGUUGUUGUCCAGAAGACACGUGAGACAGUGAGGGGUGAACCUGAAGCAGAUUUCCCCCAUGUUGGCGAAGUGGCCAUACCAUCGUUUUAUCAGGCUGACUGUAGUGGAUGACUUCUAUGACAUCUAUGGUGCAUAUUGUAUUUCUGUUAACUGUUCUAAGUGUAUCUAUACAAAAAAGAAAUAUAAGAUUCAAUAUGUGAUAUAACCAUGUGUUUAUGUCUACCGGUCCGCUAAAACGUGCACAGCUCCUUUUUCAUGCUCGAAAGACAAGUGCUGUACAUUUUCCUCCCUGCUAAUACUAUUCCCUAAGAAGGUUGUGAUGGUUGGAGCAAGGACACGUUCAUUCAUCAUCCCAAAGCAAACCUUGGACAUUCCGGAGGAUCCCACGUUUCACCUCAGACAUCCGGGAGAGAAGUGUUUGGAGUUCUGUAAACAAAGGGUUAUCUUAUCCUCGGUAUACACACGUCCACCCCACAAAGUACAGAACCGACACAACUUGAAGAACUCUCUCUUUCAUCGCUUCAAUGCCAGUGCAACAUACAAUGUUUUAGUAGAGUAAAUAUUUGCUUUAUUCUCUCACAAAAUGUACAUAUUUUUUACUUAUCAUAGAUUGCAUUUAAUUACUCUGUUAUAUAUUGACAGCCCAUUCAAUGAAAAUAAGUAUUUAUUCCAUCUAUUUACAUUAUUAUUGAAAAUAUAAGUCAUAUUUUACUGUAGAUGGAGGUUUGUAGAUUUACCAUUUAUGUCAACAUUUUUGUCUUUUUAUAUGAUAUUAAAAUGUAUUUCAAACACUU